UUUUUUUUUUUUUUUUUUUUUCUAUUAUUAUUUUUUUUUCCAUUAUUUUAUUUUACCAGCUCCAAUUUAGCCCAGGAUCUUUUAACUGCUGCCAGCGGUGGAGCACAGAUCGGGAUUAGAUCUUUUCCUCCCCUGUUCCCAAGAUCCUCCUCCUGAGCGGCCACCAUGGGAAGUAAGACCCUGCCGGCCCCAGUGCCUAUCCAUCCUUCCCUCCAGCUCACCAACUAUUCCUUCCUGCAAGCGUUCAACGGGCUUCCCACCGUGCCCUCUGACCACCUCUCCAACCUCUAUGGCUUCAGCGCCCUGCACGCCGUACACCUGCACCAGUGGACUUUGGGGUACCCGGCCGUGCAUCUGCCCCGCUCCUCUUUCUCCAAAGUGCCCAGCGUGUCGAGCCUGGUGGACGCACGGUUCCAGCUGCCCACCUUCCCGCUCUUCCCACAUGUCAUCCAGCCCAAGCAAGAGGCCACCAACGUGACCCUUAAAGCCAAACCCCGCUUCGACUUUGCCAACUUAGCAGUGGCCGCCACACAAGAGGACCACUCUAAACUGGGACAGGCAGACAAUCAGGGCUCACCCCCAGGGCUGGGGUCUUUGCUUGAGGUGACUAAACUCUCUCCAGAGAAGAAACCCACGCGGGGAAGGUUACCAUCCAAAACCAAGAAAGAGUUCGUGUGUAAAUUCUGCGGCAGGCACUUCACCAAGUCCUACAACCUUUUGAUCCAUGAAAGAACCCACACCGAUGAACGGCCCUACACGUGUGACAUUUGCCACAAGGCUUUCAGAAGACAGGAUCACCUAAGGGAUCACAGAUAUAUCCAUUCUAAAGAAAAGCCUUUUAAGUGUCAAGAAUGCGGGAAAGGAUUUUGCCAGUCCAGAACGCUAGCUGUCCACAAGACACUGCACACGCAAGUAAAGGAACUGAAACCUGCCAAACUUAAGUGCUGAAUCUCCAGCUUCUAUGAACUUUUCCUCCCCUUCAGACUUUACACCAAAACCAGAGCAGAAACAAAACUUUCAGGAUGGGAGCACUGAACUUUGUGUUUUGUUUUUGUUUGUACUUUAAGAAGAGCAAAACCCGCGCCCCCUGCCAACCCCUGCCAAAGCAUCUAACUUCCUAAGUCGUGGGUGAAAAGAUUAUUUUGCAUUUGAAACAUACAUGAAUGAGGCAGAGAGUGCUAGCUGACUUGUGUGGCUUUGAUAAACUUUAUGCCAAAAGGUGGUGCUCACGUGUUGGACAGGAAUCUCUUUAAAACUAAACAACAACCCACAACUCCCCCCCUUCCAAAUCCCAACAAAACCCCCCAAAAUCCUAGCUUCCAAAAGUAUUACCUUUUUUUUUUAAAAAAAAAAAAAAAACCCAACAAAAAA